AUGAUCAGCGCCCCUGAUGUGGUGGCUUUUACCAAAGAGGAAGAGUUUGAAGAGGAGGCAUACAAUGAACCAUCCCUGCCCGAGGAGUACUCUGUGCCACUGUUCCCCUUUGCUAACCACGGUGCCAACCCCUGGUCCAAGUUUUCAGGCUCCAAGUUCACCAAGGACUUCAUUCUCAUCUCCGAGUUCUCAGAGCAAGUGGGCCCACAGCCUUUGUUGACCAUCCCGGAUGAUGCCAAAGUCUCUGGCACUUUUGAUCUGAACUAUUUUUCCCUCCGGAUCAUGUCUGUGGAUUAUCAAGCCUCCUUUGUGGGGCACCCUCCUGGAUGCUCCUACCCAAAGCUAAACUUUGUGGAGGAUUCCAAAGUGGUGUUGGGAGAUUCCAAGGAAGGAGCUUUUGCUUAUGUGCACCAUCUAACUCUUUAUGACCUUGAAGCUAGAGGCUUUGUGAGGCCUUUCUGCAUGGCGUACAUUUCCACUGACGAGCACAAAAUCAUGCAACAGUUUCAGGAGCUCUCUACAGAGUUCUCCAAAGCAUCAGAGUGCUUAAAGACUGGUAACAGGAAAGCUUUUGCCAAUGAACUUGAAAAGAAACUGAAAGACCUUGAUUACACCAGGACAGUGCUGCACAAUGAAACAGAGAUACAGAAGAAAGCAAAUGACAAAGGAUUUUACACAACCCAGGCCAUUGAGAAAGCUAAUGAACUGGCUAGUGUUGAAAAGUCCAUUAUUGAGCAUCAAGACCUGUUAAAGCAAAUCAGGUCAUAUCCUUAUAGAAAACUGAAGGAUUCUGAUUUCCAUCCAUAUGAGCCAGAGUGUGCACUGGAUCAAGCUAACCCAAGCUUUGAUCAAGAUUCUACUACCUCUAACCCUGAUGAGCCCAGUGAAACGCAUCUUUAUGCACGGAUGCCAUCUUACACCCCUAAACUCAUCAAAGCAAAAUCUGCCAAAUGUUUUGACAAGAAGCUGAAAACCUUGGAGGAACUCUGUGAUGUUUAUUUUUUCACCCAAACUCUUGAUCAGUUAAAUCAAAUAGAGAAAACAUUUAGAGGCGAUGUGUGCUACCUUUUGACCAAUCAGAUCUGUAAAGCACUUUUAAAGCAGCAAAGUAUAACUAACUUCCUUUUUGAAGAGAAGUCUGUUUUAGAUGAAAAACCAGCUGAAAAACAGUACAGUGGUUGUCAGGGAUCUAAUCAAGACACUGUCAACACCAAGUGUUUGGAAGAAUCUCCAAUUCCUAAAGUGUUAAUCAGCUUGGAAUCUUACAAAUCUAGUGUGGAGUCUGUACCUAUCAAGAUGGAGCAGGAGAUUGAAGAUUCCCAAGAACCAGAAGUGACUGAACCUAUUGCUUUUGACCGGGAGAAUUUGGAAUACCUUGAUGCAGACAUUAAAGGGAGUAUUAGUAGCGGUGAAAGCAUUGAGGUUUUGGGAACAGAAAAGUCUACUGCUGUUCUGACAAAAUCUGAGAGCCAGGCAAGUUUGCCUAUCCACCCAAGUCCACAGGUGGUCAGGAGCAAGGCAGUUAGCAGAAGGACCAUCAGUGAGGACAGCAUUGAAGUCCUCAGCUUGUGUCCUUCAGAAUCUUUGAUCCCUGAAGAUUUUAAAGCAAGCUACCCAAGUGCCAUUAAUGAAGAAUCUUAUGCAGAUGAUGAAGGUCGAGGUAUUCACGUCAGCCCGCGUUUAAAUCCAUCUAACGUUGAAGAGAUGGAAGGCAAUUCUGAACAGGAGAAAUUAUUGCCAGUUGAUUCUGCCUGUUGUAUUGGGAAAGAGUCUCCAAACUUUUUAGAGCCUUUACCUGACCUAACACACAAACAUUGUGAUGAUGAUGGUGUGGUCAGUAUUCCACCACAGCCAUAUAGACGGGUGGAUCAGGGAUUUCAUGUGAACUUCACAGACUGUUCUUCACAUGAUGAUGUCUCAGGAGGACUGCUUUCAUAUGAACUUGAUCCGCAUUACUUAAGCAGUAGAGAGGCCAGUAGAAUUAGUCUGGAUGAAUACUCAGACUCCACAAGCUAUGUGAGCAGUGCAGCAUCCACAUGUUCUGAGACUCCUUCUCCGGCUCAUCCUCUCAGUCACUUUAAUGAAAGGCACAAAAAAAAGGCUGGCCAGAAUGCCUUGAAGUUCAUUAGGCAAUAUCCCUUUGCUCAUCCUGCAAUAUAUUCUCUGCUCAGUGGAAGGACGCUAAUAGUGCUGGGGGAAGAUGAAGCAAUGGUAAAGAAACUUGUGACUGCUCUCUCCAUCUUUGUUCCUAAUUGUGGGGUGUAUGCCAAGCCUGUGAAACACUGGGUCACUUCCCCUUUGAAUAUCAUGGAUUUUCAGAAGUGGAAGCUGAUUGGACUGCAGAGAGUGGUUUCCCCUGCUGGUGUUAAUAUGCUGCACUCCUUGGGUCGAUACAGCCGGUACAUCAGCAUUCUGGAUGCAGACAGUAAGACUCUACGCUGCCCCCUUUAUAAAGGAACCCUGGUGCCCAGGCUUGCUGAUCACCGCACUCAGAUCAAACGAGGAAGCACCUACUAUAUGCAUGUCCAAAAUAUUCUAACUCAGCUGUGUUCUAAGGCCUUCCUGUACGCCUUCUGCCAUCACUUGCACCUUCCCAUCAACGAAACCGAAACAGAGGAAUCCAUUGUGUCUCGCAGGAUGAACUUUCUGAAACUUCAUCUGGGACUUGUGAAUGAAGAUGUCAAAGUGGUACAGUACCUAGCAGAGCUAUUGAAAUUGCAGUACAUUCAGGAACCUGUCAGUGGUAUUAACCCUAUGCUCAGAUUUGACUACGUUCCCAGUUUUUUGUACAAAAUUUAG